AUGUCUGGAGAGGUCCAUGAUUCGGAACCUCCAAUGGCUGACGUCGACUUAUCCUCUGUCUGGGUAACUUUGAUGAAUGCGAGCAGGACACCCGCAAUUGAUCAUACUGGUAAGCAAGCGUUUAUACCUCUGGGACAGCUCCUUCGGAUUCUAAGCCCAAGGAAUGUUGAAAAGAUACUCAGUCAAAAGUUCAUGGCUGAAGAUCUGAUAAGUCUUACCAACGAGGUAUAUGGAGCUGAUGGCAAACCAAAAAGACUGAAGAUCAUGGCUACAUUGAUAUUGGUGAAUGGACUUCAUUUUCUACUAGACUUUGUCAAUGCAAAGAUAGAAGAUAGCAAGCUCCCACUUACCGUUCAGCGACAGGGACAGCAGCCCAUCUUAUACGACCGUGAGAAAAAUGAGAUAGAGUCUUCAAGGAAUUGGGCUUGGUCCUAUCCCGACGCGGAAUAUUUUACUAUGAAGCAGAUGCAACUAUGCAGUCUGUUCUGCACUAUCAAUGAGGAAGGGCAGUUUAUGGAUCAUUUUCGACUACCCGCCGAUUUUGUCUUGCCAUUCGUGGAUUCUGACCCCCCUGAAAUUCGGUCUGGAGGAUAUGGAAAAGUCACGAAGGUCUUUAUUGAGCCGUCUCACUUAUUGUACCGGGGUAAAUACCCGAAACCAAGUUGCUUCGCUGUCAAGGCUGUUCAGCACAGCUCAAUAGACCACCCGAGUGAAGCAGACUCUCUUGCAAGGCGGCUGGUCAUCAAGAAACUCGAAGAUAGAGAGCACCUUCAUCAACUUCUUUUCUCCUUUCGCCGGGCCGACUAUUACUACCUCGUUUUCGAAUGGGCUGAUGGCGAUCUGACCGAUCUAUGGGAGACAAUGCCAACCUUGUACAGCCCUGAUGUCUACGAAGACGCGUGUUGGUUUUUCCUCCAAUGCGCUGGUAUUUUGAGGAGCUUGGGCAGCCUUCACAAACAACGCUCGUCCUACACCGCCAGCACUUUGGAGGAAAUAGUUCACGUUGCGCUGAAAGGAAACUAUGGACGGCACAGCGACAUAAAGCCGCAAAACCUACUUUGGUUUAGUAAUUAUCAGGGCGAUAGGAAAGAUCAUCUUGUCAUCGCAGAUCUUGGUCUUACUCAGUUCAGCACCGAAGUUAGCGGUGAGGUUGGAACCAGAUACGACAUCUGGUCUCUUGGCUGUGUGUUUCUAGAACAUGCGUCUGUGUUUCUGAUGAAGGACAAAAGUUGUGUCGAGGCCUUCUCAGGCAACAGAAUAAAGGAAGAUCACCUUCGAAACAGAACUGGAAAUUAUCAUAGCGAUACUUUCUACAACUUGAUUACGGAAGAGGAUUCUACAGACACGAACAGACCGGCUGGAAGCAGUCACAAACGUGGGGAGGUCAAAGAGGCAGUUCUGACAAUGAUUCAAGGUCUCAAAGACCAUGACUUGUGUGCUCCUUCGAUGUGUGACUUCUUAGAUCUCAUCAGGGAAGGGAUGCUAGUACCGAAUCAGUCUGUUCGCUAUACUGCGGAUAUGGUUUCAAGAGCUCUCAGAGAUAUCCAAGUCGGUUGUGCACAGAAUCCCAGGUACGCUUGCUUAUCAAGGCAUGUGCCAUUGAAGGACCAGUUGAAGUCAAUGCCCGGAAGCCGCAUUCCUUCAAGACAGUCUCAGAUCUUGGCAGGUAUCUCAGGAGGGCAAGAAGGAAGCAGGGUCAACUUUGACUCGUCUCACACGGACUCAACCGGGGAUCCUGGGGCCGCUAAUCCAGAAGCGUUGAAGAUGCUUAAUGAGCUACGCCACAUGAGCAACGACAUCACUUUAUCCCCGGACAGCCUACAAUUGCAGAUACCACAGAUUCAGUUCGAUGGGUCUGUAGCAGGGCUCUUGCAAGAAUAUAGCCCUAUCAACGAUUUAAUCGAUGGAUUAAAGUCCCUCUCCAUUAGAGAAAGGACUUGA